AGAAAUCACCCUUGUAACCAUUUUAUUUGCCAAAUUAGACCACUGUGCACUGUUCAAAAGCUUUCGUCCUGCAUCCGAGGGAGGGUUGUUUUGGGUGUUCAAUCUCCCAAUCCACCCCCACCUUUACCACUCAGCUUGCGCGCAGCCAUCUUGGUUGUUUCGAAAGCUCUCUCUCUCUCUCUCUCUCUCUCUUUCUCAUCCAUCUCUGUUGCGCUCAUACCACCCAAACUCAUUGAUGAUGGUGGAGCUUUCUCGACGUAAAAGCUCACCCGCUCGGUUGAGUGUGAAAAUUGCUACACAUCAAUAUUUCAUGUGCCGUCGUUCGCCGAUCUGGACGUGCAUAGUCGCUCCCCUGGUGGUGGUUUGUAGUAUUUUUGGCUGGAUCCUGACGGUCGAGAGGAGACCACUUUUUUGGGGCCGGAAAUGAUCAGGAUUGAUGGGAUAUUCUGGCUGAGAUGAAAGUUUUAAGUGAACUUGUGAGUUAUUUUGAUGGAAAGUUUAGUGUGUAGCCUACAUUUAGUGUUCCUAACUAGGUCCUCAGAGGAAAAUGACAGUGAAGAGAGAAGCACUGAAAAAGUGUGACUGGUGAAGAAGACAAAAAGUGAAGACGAUUCAGUGGAAGAAAAUGUUUGAAAUGGACCCGGAUGCGGGAACGGACGACGGAAAUCGAGCGCAGCAACAGCAACAAUGUGUCAAUUUGACAGUUACGCCGCCAAUGGACACAACAGUAGCACCCUCAAGCGUCAUUUGUUGUCGGUCGGCAAAGGUCAGGUCGUUGGCUGUCAAUGAAUAUCUAUUGUGUUGAAGAGUUGUCGUUGGACGUGGAGGAGCAGCAGCAGCGGCAGAAGCACUCGAAAGUACGGCAGUGUUGCCGAUCGGUGGUGGUUUCGUUUGGGACAGCACCGGCGAACUUUUUACGGCGACGGCGAACGGGAGUCGGGGUCAACGCGGGACAGCAGCAGCAGCACGGUGGCCUCCAGGUGGCGGCGUCAUAGCACGGCCGAUUCUCGACUGCUAGCGGGAACAGUCCGAAGCUAGUGGUUGUCACCCGCGCCCGACGUAGACUCAUGCAGUGGCGGAAGUUCGCACGGCUGAAAACGACUGCUACUGGACAUUCGCGUACGCGGAGAAUGCUUUGCUGUGGCCGCAGAAAGGAAAAUGGAAGAUCAGUGCCUGACCUCACUGCAAGCCCGGGCCGUGCGCCGCCCGGGCCGAUGCCCUCGCACCAGGGCAUGCAACAGCAGCAGCAGCACCACCAGCAGGGUGGCCACAUGCAACAGGGUGGCCAACGUGGCGGCGGCGGUAGUGGGAUGGGAGGCGGGGCCAACAAGGAUCCAGUAUUACUACAGGGUGACUUCCGGAAGGUGUCCGGCAUCAGCUCGGAGAUCUUCCGCCAGAUCGAGGCGGUGGAAAACGACCACGAUCCGAGCACGGCGGCAGCACUGGAGGCAGUGGAACGUCGCGGUGAAAUGAUAGUUCGCAUCCUGGAGCCUCGCUGCAUGGGCAGCCGGCAGGCCGUCGAGGCAGGCCAAAAGUUUCUCAACAAGGCCGACGCACGCCACACGGUACAGCUGGUGGAGAUCGUGAAGCGGCCCGGCCAAACCCUGGGGCUGUACAUCCGCGAGGGCAACGGGGCGGACCGGUCCGACGGGGUGUUCAUCUCCCGGAUAGCGCUCGAGUCGGCCGUCUACAACAGUGGCUGCUUGAGGGUAGGAGAUGAAAUUCUGGCCGUUAACCUGGUGGACGUGACGCGAAUGUCGCUGGACGAUGUGGUCAUCAUCAUGUCUAUACCUCGACGCCUUGUGCUGGCCAUCCGGCAACGGCGGGGUUCCCGCGGGGCAAACUCGCCGGGUCCACCUCAGAUGUCGAGGCCGGAACAGAAACCACCGCCAGUGGUGGUCAUCAAGCGAGACCUACGGGAUGACGAUCUGGACGAUUCGGACCGGGCACCACGAUCGUCCCGAUCGUCCCGCGAACGACGGACCGGAGAUGGUCGCGAGAUGACGGAAUCGCGCUCCCGGUUGGGACUAGGCCUAAACAAUUACAGCCCCCAAAGCGAGCAGCUGGACAUGUACUAUGGAAGAGGACCGGGAGUUCAGCCGGCGGAGACACCAAGCUGGGGUUACAAGCCUCCACCACCGCCAUCGGUCAUUACUGAACAACCAAAGGGAGCGCACGGUUUCCAGACGUCACACUCGUACUACCAGAAUGCCGGAACCCUGGAAAGUCUGGCCGAAAAGGUACACUCGUUUUAUCCGGGUGCCAACCGUCGAAUGUCGGCAGGAACCGGAGUCAGCAUGUCGCAAUCCCACCAACGGUUUCCGCGCAGUGGUUCCGACCAGCAUCUGCCACGGGUCGAGUACGCCGACUAUGCGUCCCUAGGACGUCACGCGCUACUCCGGUCCAGCCUGAAGACGGAUCUUGUCCAGGCAGCUCCCAUCGCCGGCGGUACCCUUGGUCGGUACGGACGCUACGAACCUCCACCGCAACAACGCACACCGAAAUACGGGCCUUCGCCACUGGGUGCCGGAACUGGCUCCCUCCAGCGACGAUCCCGUCCAGCACUGGACUACUCGAGCGAUACGGAAGCUACGAUCGGACCACGGCCUAGCUAUUACUACUACAACCACCCGGCCAUGAACACGAACACGAUAGGACGCGGAAGCACACAGGCCCUCGGUGGAGGACCAGAAUACGCCAAGUUCAACUCGUUACCACGUGAUCGUCCCAGUUCCCGAAUGGGUCUCCGAAGUCGCAUCGGUGAACGAAUCCAGGACGAAAACGAUGGAAACCUGUCGGCCCCCGAAUACUCACUGCCCAUCCGGAGAGAUCCGCGAGAUCCACGUGAUCUGCGCCAACGCAUCACCGCCAGCCCGUCAAUCUUCACGUCGGAUGAAUACCGAGCGUGGUUACGACGAGCUCCCAGCAGUUCCGCGAUUUGCGAACAGAUGCGAGCCUCACGGGAUAUUCUCAACCAGCAGCGAGCACAUCGGUUCUCCUGCUCGGCCGAGAACAUCCAUGACGUUCUCAAAAAUACCGAAAACAUCUACAGCAGCCGAACUGGCUUUACCGGAGGUACUCUAGACCGGAACAGCCUGACAACCGGUGGACCUCGGAUGUCCUCCCUACCGGUACGAUCCAUGUCUUCGCAGCACAUUGGUCCCUCGUCGAUUCGGUCACCGAGCGUGCGCCGAAUGCGUCAACUGCUCGAACUGACCCAAGGAGGUGCCCCUGGUGGUGUCCCUGGUUCGGCUGUAGCCGCCCUAACCGGUCACCAAAGCCCGGCGCCGACUCCAAGCACAACACUUCCACGGGCCCAUCGCCAAAUUGACAUCAACCCGGCCGAGUAUACCAAGUACAAGCUGGAUAAACCAGUGGUCGACGCCAUCGGCAUGUCCGGAAUGCUGUGGAUCCAUCUGCUCGCCGGACGUGGUCUGCGAGCCAUGUCGGAAACGACUCAAGCCCAACAGCCCAUGAUCCGUGACCUGUACUGCGUGCUGGAGUGCGACCGGAUUCACAAGGCGCGUACCGUGGUUCGCUCGGGAGACCUGCAGUUCGAUUGGGACGAGUCGUUCGAGCUGGAUCUGGUUUGCAACAAGCAGCUGGACGUGCUGGUUUACUCGUGGGACCCGCAGCAUCGGCACAAGCUGUGCUACCGGGGGGCCCUCUCGCUCACCACCUUGCUCAGACAAUCACCGAUCCAUCAGUUGGCACUGAAGGUCGAACCUCGCGGAACGAUCUACCUGCGGUUGAGACACACGGACCCCUUCCAGCUGUAUCGACGGCGGGGUCUGCCCAGUCUGCGAGGCAACGUUCCGGCAUUGUUCGGAGCCGACCUGGAGACUGUGGUGACGCGCGAAUCUAAGGGCGCUCCGGGUAGCGCUCCAGUUCCUAUAAUUUUACGGCGCUGCGUCGAAGAGGUCGAACGGCGAGGUCUGGACAUCAUUGGUUUGUAUCGGCUGUGUGGAUCGGCCACCAAGAAGCGUCUGCUCAGGGAAGCUUUCGAGCGGAACAGUCGAGCAGUGGAGCUGACCCCGGAGCACGUUCCGGAUAUCAACGUGAUAACGGGCGUCUUGAAGGAUUAUCUGCGCGAACUGCCGGAACCACUGUUUACCAAGUGUCUGUUCCAAAUGACGGUGGAUGCCCUAGGUAGCGUUUGUCUACCAGACGAUCCGGAAGGAAAUGCCAAGUUAAUGCUCAGUAUUCUAGACUGCCUGCCACGGGCGAACAGGGCGACUCUGGUCUUCCUGCUGGAUCACCUGUCGCUGGUAGUUUCCGCCGCGGAACGGAACAAAAUGUCCGCCCAGGCCCUGGCCACCGUGAUGGGUCCGCCACUGAUGUUGCACUCGUCCAGUGCCGGCCCGAACGAAGAAAUCGAUCACGCACAACCGAUUGCGGUGCUCAAGUAUUUGCUACAGAUCUGGCCACAGCCCCAGCACUCCACGGGCAGCGGCCACGGGGGAACUUCAGGUCGUCGCGGCGAGCCAGUAGAGCCGCGUGGAAACAAAGCCAGUGCGUUGCAAGUGGCCAAGCCGGGGGCGGGGGCUUUGGCAGCGCAAGCGCCUCUCCCAUCCCUCCCGUCGGCCAGCAACCUGCACCAGCAUCUGCAACAGCAGCAGCAGCAACAUCUACAUCCGCUGGACCGUCCGGCAUCAUCCUCCCUGUUAGUGGGGACGGCGUCAUCGGGGGCGGGGCCUAUCUCCCGUUCGGUAACCAGCAGUCCAUCAACAACCUCCUUACAACUCGGUCCGCGUCCGCUCUCAGCCACUCCCAGCAGUCUACAGUAUCAAUCAGUAGUGGCUCAGUUAGCUCAAUCCCAUCGAGCCUCGCAACAAGUGGGCCAACAGCACCAUCCAUCGGAGGGCUCAGCGGUCUCGGCGGAGCCCGUCCAAUCGCCACAUCACGCCACACCCUCCCCAAGCUCUAGUUCCACCUCGUCGGCGUCCGGGUCGGGAUCCGGUACUGAUACCAUCAAACGUGGAGCUUCACCCGCCUCGGUUAAGUUUAAAGAAUCCAGCAGCAGCUAUUCCCUCAAGUCCGACACGAGCCGCAUCCUGAGCAGCAGCAGCAGCCUCGUCAAAAAGUACGGCACAAACGGCAACGGUGGCGAUCAUCCGUCACCAGCGGUAACUUCCGGCUCGCCACUUCACUAUCCCGCCUCGGUUUCGGCGUCGACCUCGCUUCUUCUCUCCGGCAACGGUGCGACCGGAAACGGUGGCAGCCUACGCAAGCAACGGGAUGGCAACGGCAGUAGCAGCACCAAUAAUGGACCAAACAUUUCCUCAUCAUCCGAUAUACAACUUCCAUCCAGAAGUGUUCUUUUCUCUUCGGACUACCUGUCCUCAUCGGCGGCGGCAGCAACGUCGACGUCGUCAACCGCGACAACAACGGAACGGAAGCUGUCCUUUACGGCCCUAACGGGACCGGUGUCCUCACUGGACGUGGCAACGUUCAGCUUGGACGAUAAGAACAACCUGGUGGUAUCGCCAUCGCCCUCGUCCGCGUCGGAGUCUUCGCACCACUCGUCCAACUCGUCACUGCGGGAACGAUCUCCGCAACCUUCGCCCUCGCUCAAGCGGCAGGAACCGAUUGAUCGGUCGGACAGUACGGCAACCACGACGGCCGCUGGCGGCGGCAGCAGCAGCAGUAGCAGUUUUAUGUCAUCAUUGCGCAGUCAAACGCUUGGUAGCUACCAGUUCCCAUCGAGCAACCUGGUCAAGCUGCCCGGCCAGCUGAGCGCGGACUCGGCCGGAUCGGGAGACGAUGGUAGCACUUCAUCGUUGCUUCGCAAGCUGGGAGCUUCACUGUCGCGGACCAUCACCAGCAACACGGGCACGUUGCCGCUCUCGUUGGGCAGACAAGGUGGCACCGGUAGUUCACUUUAUCAGCAGCAGGACGCGAGCUAUUCCGUUAGUAGCAGCAGCAGCAGUAGUGGUAAACCAACGAGUGCUUCUCUCAAUUAUACAAGCCCAGGAAGUAGCUUACUGGGAGAGGGGGGUAGCGGCCAAGCCGUGACCACGGCCGCGGCCGUCAGUAGUAUGAGUAUCUACGGAACGCUUCCGAAAAAUUCCUCGAUCUACUCGUAUAGUGGAGCAGCCUCGAGUUUGCUUUCGGGAACGUCAAGCUCGUACGGUAUCAGUGAUCGGUUCAGGGCACUAACCAGCGGUGGCAGCGCCGGGGACAGUUCCAGCGGGUUGGGAUCCAGCCUGACGGCAUCCGGAGGAUCCGGUGCGGACAGCGCUGGUGCCGAUCUAGGCGCCAGCGGGUACGACUACGAGUCCUCCGGAUUUUCCUCGUCCGCUGGACUGACCUCGUCCUCUUACGGCGGCACGUCUUCGACUUCGGCUUCGAUGACCACGUCGGCCACUUCGGGCCUUUCGUCGUCUUACUUUAGCACCGGAAGUGGAAACAGCCCGUUCGGAACGAUGACCAGUAACGGUUCUGAUAAUGCUGGUCCGCCAACGUACCGAGUGCAGUAUUCGUCAACGAAUCCUUUCUUGCCCAGCUACAAUCCACCCAGCGAUAACGGUGUCAGCAGCUUGGGCGGGGCUAACGGUCGCAACGGUGGACUCAAGUCCUCCGACGAAGACGAUUCUUUUGACAUGAAGUAAGCGGAAACCAAUUCCAGUUACAGAACAGAAACAGUAUUAAUAGUGCAACUAACGAGUUGAUACAAACCAAAACACAUAUUCAAUCAGGUUUUCUUUAGUUAUUUAUCUCUAUAGAGUAGGCGUUCAAACUUUUACAGAAAUACCGGAUAUUCCAAAAUGAGGUUAUGGUUACCGACAUCUCAGUAUAUUCACUGCUUACCUCGUACGUUGCUCUCGUUGUUUAAGGAUAUUUAGGCGUGCAGCACCAUUGCUGUCGAUUGUCAGCUUUCCAACCAAUCACUCUGACUUACAUUGGGACUCCGACAGUCGGUUCUAACGAAAUCACUCGCGCACAAACAAUUUGGCGACCAAUUGAUUAUUGUGUUUGUAUAUUACGCGAAGCACGUUUUUCGUCCCUGACAUUUACACACUCAUUGUGGAGGUUGUCUACACCGAGAAUCAACAUUACACACAGUCCAGUUCACUUUUACACACUUGUAUCGAGGUUUUUAAGCGAAGGUGGCGUUCGAAUGGUGAACGUCCGAAUUGUCAAAAUCGCGCAGUAGCACCAACAUUAGAAAAAAAUGUGGCUGUCAUGCCAUGGUACACUUUUUUCGUAAUGUUGGUGUCACUGCGUGAUUUUGACAUUUCGGGCGUUCACCUUUCGAACGCCAUUUUCGCUUAAAAACCUGGAUAGGAUUUUUCAGUUUAACUAUGAUUACGCACUUUCGUGUAUUCAUACUUGAACUGAAAAAUCCCAUACAAGUGUGUAAAAGUGAACUAAAAAAGUGUAAUGCUGAUUCUCGGUGAUGGUUACCAUCUCACGUUUAUUCUCCAAAUUACCAUAAUGACAACAACAACAUUUGUGUCAAUAAUAAAUACUUGAACUUGAUGCUUGAAACCACCCAUCUGUCAAAUUAGCUCUUUGCACGCACAUCUAAAAUCACUUAGAUUUCGUCAAAAACGGACUUACCUAACAAAAAAUAAGAUAGGAAAAUGUCACAUUUUUUUGCUCAGCUUGCGUUUGCUGAAAUUGCCAGCCGUCUGAAAUCUUCUUGAAAAAAAAAUAUGGCAGAUUUGGUUAAAAAAAAGCCCUUUGUAAAAAAACACUAAUAGAAACCAUUUCUGAUCACUUUUUUUUUUUAAUUUUGAUGCAAACAAAUAAAUUGACAUGACAAGGUUGUUUUGAUGAAUCAAAUAUAGUCCCCUUGGAAUGAGCUGUCAAGUAGGACCUUUUCUGUCGAGAAGGGCCGCGAAGUUUUUUUUUAUUGAUUUAAAAAUCCAUUUUAAAUCCUUUGCGGUCUUACAAAGGGUCAUUGUACUCAGAAAAAUAAGCUUCGUCGUUGUGAACAAUAAUUUUCCGACUUCCCCUGCCGAAUCGUUUCCGUAAGACAUCCUGGGGUAGUCGAAAAGUUUGGUUAUGUGCUGCUUGCAAAAAUCAAUUGUGGUUAUCGGACUUUGGUAUUUAUGUGAAAUUAAGAAAACACCUUUUGAUAUUUUUUAGAAAUAACUUGCAUUCAAACUACAUGGACAUUUGAAUUAGAGCUCAAUCAAGAUCGGCAAAAGCAGUCAAAAUACUGAGAAACGAUAACACGAAUCUUACCCAGCUUAACUUUUGUAAUAAAACUAUACAACAACCUACAAAAAGAAAGCAACAUAGUGAAAACAAUCAAAAUAUGCAACUCCUUACACUUAUUGUUUUCAGGCCGACAAUUUUUGAGACAGUAUUGUUUUACUUACUAUUACACAAUUACACUGUUAGAGGAAAAUUUUGCGCGUGUUUUCACGUGCACACACCCACAUAAAUUCUCUCUCGCAUAUCCUUGUGCUAGUUUGUUGAUCUCAUUCCGUAAACGAAAUCCAGUACAUAUAUACAAAUUCAUACAAGAAUACAAAUUUUGCGCAGUGAAAAUAUUGUAAUAAAUAAAAACUAACUAAUACGCAUUUAAUGUGACAGGGGAAUUAGUAAACGAACGAUUGUUAGGCAAAACUAUUGACCGUGCAUUUGAUACGCUUUACUUGUCAUUCGAAUAACAUACAAAAGACAAAAAAAAUAGCUUUGAGCGAAAAUUACUUUUUCCAGAAUCAUCCAGAAACAAACUCACACAAAAACCGAAAACAAAAACGAAGGCACACAAAAGUUAGUACAGUAAACACAAACAAACGAUUCUAUGAGGUAAAUUUAGAGAGUGAAGUUAAAACAUAAAACAAGAAAACAACCGGAUACAAUAAGACGAAAGAACAAGACUUACUUAUACAUUACACUUUAAUGGUAAUUAAAUCAGAAAAAAAGACAAAUUCAACAAAGUGAAACACACGUUCAGCCAACCUUGAUCAUUACACAGCAACAAAGACACUAAACAUACACAACGGUCACGUAUACAAACAUCACAAUCCACUAAGAGCAGAACUGAACAUCGUCGAAAUUAGAAUUAUGUUAGCUUAGAAAGGUUACAAAUUGGAACAAAGUCAGACCAGCCAUCAACUUAGCUCGGUAUCUAGCCCUCACUCACUCCCCUAUCACAGUGUUGCCAGUCCCCGUUAAGGUUGAAUUCUAUCUAUUUCGGAACUAAAAGCUAGCACAUUUGAAACCCUUCGCAAAAAGAUUUGGAACAAUGGAAAGAGUUAGACAAGACAUGGAAAACGCCUUAACGAUUGGAAUCGGUCCACUUGUUUAGUGGAGUUUACUUAAAUAUUUUUCAAACUGUAGAUAAAUUGGAGAAAUCAUGAAAAGCCAACGAACGUGUAUUGUGGCAAACUAUUUGAUUUGUUUUUAUUUUUCGAAGCCGGCAACAAUUUUUGCUCUGACGUUUUAAAAGUUGUCAUUUCCCAUAAAAAUCGUCAAAGCUUUAAAGCUUCCUGAUUCACUGUUAUCCGAAAUCACUCAGUUUGAUAAAAAUUUAACGAAAAACUGAGUGAAUUUCAUCUGAGAGAAAUGUUACACGCAAAAUUCAUAUAACACAGAUCUGUGUAAAAUUUGACACAGAUUGCCCAAAACCUGGAAUACACAGAAUCUGUGUAAAAGCCUUGUACACAGAUCUGUGUACAGCCGUUGUCUGUCAAAUCUGUGUAAUUUUUGUUUAGCCAUCUGGGUAAAAUAUUACACAGAUUCUGUGUAAAAAUUUAACACAGAAACCGGGUAGAAAAUUUACAUUUGUUUUGAAUUGCUUUUGGAUAUACUUUUAAUUAUUCAGUAAAUAAGGCGUUAUUUAUUAGCUCAAGUAUGAGGUUUUAUACAAAAUAAAUUCGUAAAACUAUGUUAUUUGGCUCAUCUGCCCAACUUCUGCCACUUUUUUUACUCGAUGAGGCAUAUGGAGUGUUGUCUCCGGAACUCUUCCUCUGGAUAGCUGGUGCAAUUGGUUUCGCAGCGGGAGAGAUUGGCGCUCCUGCAGCUCACUUAGGAGGACAUCGAAGAAAAAGCUAACGGGUGCAUCUGGAAUAAUAUUUUUAAGAGGUUAGAAUAAAGAUAAGCUCAGUUUCAGGAGAUGCAUUACCUGAUGAGUUAAAAAUCCAACACAGGGCUAAAAUGAAUGGCCGGAAUGUGAAAAAUCCUAUAGAGAAAGACAAUUUAACGUUACUUCAUUGAAAAAAACACGAGAAAAAACUUACCAAGUUCUUGCAGCUGCAUAAAAGUCGCCAUCUUAACUUUUCCGGUUUUACCCAGAUUUGAAACGAAAGCUAAUCGAAAAUCUGUGUAACUUUUUACACAGAUCUGUGUUAUAAAACUACACAGUUUUGACAGCUAGAACAUGUUCAACAAUCUGUGUAAUUUUUUUACACAGAUCUGUGUUAUGUGGAUUUUGCGUGUAUAAAACUCAACGUCAACACUUAUUUCAGAGUAGGAUUGUUUCCAAUGAAAAAUAAGUGAUCUUAAAUGUGGGUGUAAUUCACGCUCAUCCAAAACCACUCAUUUCCAAAGCCAAUCCUACUCAGGAUGGAAGUUUUCAUUCGCACUUAAUUUUGGGUAUGUUUCGCUCGUUAUUGAGUGAAUUCAGUUUUUCUUGUUUUGAUGCAUUCUUUUUUUUACGUGAGCAAAAGUUGCCGCUAUUUUUUUCCAAAAGAUAUAUUUGCGAAAAAAAAAAACAAAUUAAGACAGCAUUAGAAAGUCAUGUCAAUUCACUGUGUAACGAAGAGCAUUAAAAAAAAUCACACUCCACGUGAAACAGGUCUCAAAACGUUGAUUUUGUUUCCCGCAUUCGUUCUAGCAAGGUAAGACAACUAGGGUAGCCACUAUUCCACAAGUCGUUCCAAUUUGCAUUUAACUACACUACUCAUUCGCGGCGCAUCAGAAAGCAUAGCUAAACUAGCCGAAAGUUGAUUGUUGACAAACAAAUGUACUCUGUUUAGGUUAGUUUCGUUCACUGUUUGCCCUCGUCCCCAAUUUUAAAAUGGUGCUGUUUGAUUUCUAUUAAAAAAAAACCGAAAAAUCAAAAGUAUACUUUUUAGGUCAGUUUGAACUAAAAAGAUUGAGUGCAAAAAUAAUUCUGUUCACAUCAUUAGGCGAACUUUUAAACCUUCACUAUUGUUCUCUCGGUUACCGACCCAGUGAACGAAUCGUCAUGUGUAAACAGUGACAUCCUGUAAAUAACUCAAAAUCGUUAUUCGUUGAUAGGAAAUCAUGUAUAAAAGUCACCCAACUCGUGUUAAAUUAAUAUAAACUAAUAUAUUUAGGCAAUUGCAUAAUGUACACGCAUUGGAACAGAUAUUGUAGGGAUUUUUUAGCGCUAACUAAAAGUAAAAGGAUGGAUUUGUUGUAAUUAAGGCUCGUUUUAAAUGAAAAACCACUCAAAUUAGGUAUCAUUCCAUCAAGUUUCGUUUGAGAUCGAAACUUCGUGUAAAUAGAAUCGUCAGCGAACCGUUAGCGUAGCGUUGCGCCUCACACGUAACACUUGUUUGUAUUUUUUUCCUGUCAAGUGUUAAGCUGGUUGUGUAACGCUUUCAGUUGGAAGUGCUGCUUCCAUUGUUUUUCGUCGUAGUCGAAUGCUGCACUCGUGUGUGUGUGUGUGUAAAGACAACGCAUACAACUGAAAAAAUAAAACUCACUCUUGAAAGUAAGAAAGAAAAUCGUAAUCGAACCGUAAACCUCGUCGUCUCAAGAAGCAAAUUCAAACUUCGAACGCAAACAUCGAUGGAAGCCGGAGCCGUGUCGUCUCGCAGUGUCUCUCUUGGUAAGAUUUUUUAAAGAAAAUUAGAAUAAAAAACAAUAACAUUCCUGUAUGUGUGUAUGGAAGCGUUAAUGUACGUUACUCAUACUGCUGAUCACCGCAAAACCGUUCGUCGUACCGUUACAUCUUUCCCUGGGCUUGUCAUUAUAUCACUGUUUCAUAUCGUAGCCAAUACAUACAGAACUACAUACCAGAAAACAAACAAAAAAAUAAUCAACUCAUACUUAACCAUUCAGAGUUUUAUCGACACACGAAC